AUGGCGCUGAAGCGUAUUAACAAGGAACUCGCCGACCUCGGCCGUGACCCGCCCUCUUCGUGCUCCGCAGGACCGACUGGCGAUGAUCUCUUCCAAUGGCAGGCGACGAUCAUGGGUCCGGGUGACUCCCCAUAUGCUGGCGGCGUUUUCUUCCUUCAGAUCACGUUCCCUACCGACUAUCCCUUCAAGCCCCCAAAGGUUCAUUUCACGACCCGCAUCUAUCACCCCAACAUCAACGCAAAUGGCAGCAUCUGCCUCGACAUCCUACGCGACCAGUGGAGCCCUGCCUUGACCAUCUCGAAGGUUCUUCUCUCCAUCUGCUCGAUGUUGACCGACCCGAACCCCGAUGACCCGCUUGUCCCCGAGAUUGCUCACGUAUACAAGACCGAGAUUGCGAAGUAUGAGCAGACAGCGCGCGAAUGGACCCGGAAGUAUGCUGUCUAA